GCUUCCUGGAGGAGACAGAGAUCCUGGAAGUGGGCCCCAAGGAGUGAGCAGGGAGGAGCCAGGAGAGGAGGUCCUCGGCUGCGUAAACAACAUCCACCCUGGGAUUCAGGGGCCAGGUGGAUGCGUGGUGAGCAGCUCCAGACUGCUGGUAAGCCAUAAGGGAAAGGGAAGGAGGCUGAGACAUGCCCCAGAGAGUACUCAGGGAGAAGCAGAGAGAGGGAGAGGGGUGGAGAGACCAGCUGCUCCACCUCGCACUUUGGCAGAAAGCAGCCUCCCCCAGUCCCGGGGCUUCCCUUCCCUUCCACCAACACAGGUUAUCUAAAACGGAACCACGUCCCCUGCCCUCAGCUCCUUGCUUCCAGAGGAGGUCUGUGCUGCACUUUCCCGUAAGCCACCACUGGUGACAGAGACCUGGGGGGAGGCCGUGUCGGGACUCCCUGGAUCUGGCUCUGUCAGGGAACGAGCUGGAGGGAUCACCCGUGUUCCAGAUGGUAACACUGAGGCGCAGCCUGGGAGACGCCAGUCAGGGGCACAGCCGAGGUUAACACAGAGGCAAGGGGUCGGCGAGACGGGCUUGGGGGCUGGAAACCGGGGUCCUGUGCUUGUCCCAGCCCUUUCCUGGUUCCCUAGUGGUGCUGUUUCUCAUCGGCUUCGGUCUUCCCUGAGGGGUCACAGGGCCAGGCCGAGACAGGGCUACUGGCGUCACUGGGUGCAGCCUUGCUUUCCCACAGCCAUCCUUCUUCUAGCCCCCCAGCUCCACGUCAGAAACCUGGUCACCCUUCACCCACUUAGCUCAGUCCCGUUGAGGGAUUUAUUACCGGCUGCCCCGCCAUCUGCCCCGCAGUAAUAAAUCAGGGCAGAGCAGAAUCGCAGCCAUCCCGAGUGUGCAUGUAUAAAAGGAGAGGGUGCUUCAGGGGACCCCAGAGCGAGCUGGGCACCCAGGCGAAGUGUGGGCCAGAGCAGCAAGAUGCCUCUCUGGGGACUCCUGCUGGCGCUCUGGGGCUGCAGCACCUUCAGUCUCCCUGCAGACACCGCUGCCUUCAGACGGAUCUUCCUCAAGAAGAUGCCCUCAGUCCGGGAAAGCCUGAAGGAGCGAGGCGUGGACAUGGCCCAGCUGGGUGCUGAGUGGAGCCAGCUCACCAAGACUCUCUCCUUUGGCAACCGCACCUCCCCUGUGGUCCUCACCAACUACCUGGACACCCAGUACUAUGGUGAGAUCGGCAUCGGCACCCCACCACAGACCUUCAAAGUCAUCUUUGACACGGGCUCCGCCAACCUCUGGGUGCCGUCCACCAAGUGCAGCCCCCUCUACACAGCCUGUGAGAUUCACAGCCUCUACGACUCCCUGGAAUCCUCCAGCUAUGUGGAGAAUGGGACGGAGUUCACCAUCUACUAUGGAUCUGGGAAUGUCAAAGGUUUCCUGAGCCAGGACCUGGUGACUGUGGGUGGGAUCACAGUCACACAGACCUUUGGCGAGGUCACGGAGCUGCCCCUGAGGCCCUUCAUGCUGGCCAAAUUUGACGGCGUCCUGGGCAUGGGCUUCCCUGCCCAGGCAGUCGGCGGCGUCACGCCCGUCUUUGACCACAUCCUCGCCCAGCGGGUGCUGACCGAGGACGUCUUCUCCGUCUACUACAGCAGGAAUUCCCACUUGCUAGGGGGCGAGAUCGUGCUGGGAGGCAGUGACCCCCAGUAUUACCAAGAGAAUUUCCACUACGUGAGCAUCAGCAAGCCUGGCUCCUGGCAGAUCAGAAUGAAAGGGGUGUCUGUGAGGUCGACCACCUUGCUCUGUGAGGAGGGCUGCAUGGUCGUAGUGGAUACUGGUGCAUCUUACAUCUCAGGCCCCACCAGCUCCCUGAGACUGCUCAUGGAGGCCUUGGGGGCCAAGGAGCUCAGCAUAGAUGAAUAUGUCGUGAACUGUAACCAGAUGCCCACACUCCCCGACAUCUCCUUCCACCUUGGAGGCAAAGCCUACACACUCACCAGUGCGGACUAUGUGUUACAGGACCCCUACAAUAAUGAUGAUCUGUGCACACUGGCCCUGCAUGGUAUGGACAUCCCACCACCCACUGGACCAGUCUGGGUCCUGGGUGCCACCUUCAUCCGCAAGUUCUACACGGAGUUUGAUCGGCGUAACAAUCGCAUCGGCUUUGCCCUGGCCCGCUGAGGCCCUCUGCUGCCCUGCCCUGGCCCAGAACUAGAGCACUCUCUGGGACCACCCCCCAACCCCUGCCUGUGCCCUCACUCAGGGGGGUGGAAGUCCCCCCAGAUGUGUGCCUUGCCCCCAGUACUGGCUCUUCCCUUCUUUGAGGACCACAAAAUAAAGACUUCAUGUUUCCAA